AAUCUUAUCCUGCACUACAACUGUUUCUGCUGUAAACACUGUCAGAAGAAGCUCAGCAUUCACAACUAUUCAUCUCUUUAUGGAGAGUUCUACUGCAAUUCUCACUACCAACAGCUUUUUAAAAGAAAAGGAAAUUAUGACGAGGGAUUUGGGCACAAACAACAUAAAGACCGCUGGCUUCAGCAAAAUAAAGGAAUAGAUGAGCCAGAUGCUUUGUCCACUCCCAAAAAUACAAAACCCAACUUAAACACAUCUGAUGGGUCCAGAGAGUUCUCUGCUGGUGCCUUUGUUACAAAGUCAUUUGUAAGAGAUCCGGGAUAUAACAGUGGUGCUGCUGUUAAGAGCAAACUGAAAAUGAGCUGGCCACCAGAGAAGAAGAAUACAGGCGUUAAUCCAUCACAGAGGACAUAUACACCAGCUCUGAAAAAUAAGAUACCUGACACUGGCAUAGAAGCUACUUAUAGUAUGAACUUUACAGAGUAUCAGAAAAGGGACAGGGACCAAUUAAAGAUCAACCACAGAGGAGAAAUGAAAGAUAAGGGAGUCAAGGAACAAUCAAAGAAAACAGGAUUUAACUCUGCUGACUUGCCUUCAAAGGAACCAAAACCCUGGAGUGAUCCAACCAAAGCUGCAAGCGUCCAAGACAGCAUCUCUCCCACAGUGCUCAGCUUUUCUUCACCCUCCAUGAAAAAGGGUUUUACUGUAACAAACCAAAAAACAGAGCAGACAAAUGUGGCACCCAUCUCAAAAACAAACUAUAAUCCAACCCUUAACAGCCUUGAUGCUUAUCCAAAGAAAGCUAGGAAGUUUGUACGAUUUGCUCCCAAUGUUGACAUGGCUCAGUAUCACCAGUCCUCUCAACUGAUCUCGGAUGCCAAAAAGGAAGAGUUCUCAGAUCAGUCUGAACAGAAUCAAGUGAAUAAACACAAAGAUAUAAAAGAUGAAACAAAUGACUUUGAUCAUUUGAGAUCUGAGUUCAGUAAAAAACAGAGCGAGAGUGAGGUGAACCUUGCAAUCCCUGAAUAUAAAUGCCACGGAGAAACAACCUAUAAGUCGAACCAAGAGUCUGAUGCUAAAGUGGAGAGCAGUCAAGAGAGUCCACAAGCUGAUCUUACAAUUCUGAAUGGAGUUGUACAGAAGGUUGAGGAAUCACAUGAUACUCAAAGUCUCAAUAUAACUUCCAUUUCAACUCAUGAUGUUAUGACACAUCAAAAGCCAUCUGAUCAAUUUGAUGUCAUUCCAAGAAGCUCAGUCAAUCCAUUUGAAUCACAAGAUCCAGGUAGUCUGCACAGUUCUGCAGGACAAAUGACCAAAGAGGAGGCAAGUCACGAAAGCAAUAAAAAUCAGCUUGAAAAGUCUGACUCAGCCAAUGAUCAAGAAAAUGGUGGUAGUCAGAAGAAGCCUCUUACAAGAACAAAUUCUCUGCAGGGUUCUGCUAAACAGGCCGAAAAGACAAAGGUCAAACUGGGCUCCUGGUCCAAAGGAAAGAGUCCUUUGUCAAAGCUCUUCACAUCAGGUGGGAAUGAAAGAACAAACAAGGCUGAACCGAAAGAUGCCAAGAAACCAGACGUCAAACGUAGUGGUGGACUCUUAGGAAGACUGUUGCAGUCAUCCACAGAGAAGCCUGAGGAUGUCACAAAAUUGGCUGCACAGGGUGAAAGACAGGACAAAACACAUACUGAUGACAAAAACACAGAGGAGGUAAAGGAAGCCAUUACAGAAGAAAUGCAAAAGAAAGAUGUCAUGCCUAAAGUCAUACCUCUGGAACGAGAGCAUAUGAAGUCAAAUUAUGCUGACCCCAGCACAUUGGAAAGUAACGAAUAUGAGGAUAUAAGCAAAUCUACACAGCCAUCCAACCUGCACAAAACUGCAGCUAGUGAAAUAGGUGAUGAUCAUACAGCUCCAAAUCAGACUGAUGUUAAAGAAUCAGAUUUACAGAGCAGUGACACUAAAGAUCUGUCUGUCACUGAUCCUGGAUUGGCUGAGUCUAAAGAUCUUCCCGCUGCUGUGCAGUCAUUAAAACAAUCAUCUGAGGAGUCAAUCUGUCAGUUAACAACUGAAAAAAGUGCUGAUGAAGUUUUGAGUGAUCCAUUUAAUGAAGAUAUUCUUGGAGACAGUGUCAGUUCUGUCCUUGCUGACCCAUUGGCCAUUCAGAUAAAUACUGAUGAGUAUGUUCAAAAGCCAAAUGAACUGUUUGAUGCACCAGACGAAGGAAGAAGAAACCUUGUGGUUGGAGGGCUUUUUGAUCUUAACCACGAACCUCCUGAAGAUUCCUCCAAUCUUUUUGGUCUGUCUGAAUCACAGGAGAUCUUUGGGAACACACCUGGUGAUAUGUUUUCAUUUCCUGUGAGUGACAUGCCUUUGUCUGCAAGUGCCUCUUCUGAAAGUUUUAGCCUGCUCGACUGUCAAACAAUAUCAGCUGAGAAUAAAGUGAUGCUCAGCAAGACAGAUCAGCUGACUGUCCCUGACCCAGCACCUCUAAACCAAGAUGAGAGUCAAACCUCAAUUCCUUUUGGUACAAACAGACAUACGAGUGAGCAGGGCACUAACAUUGACAUAUUCAGCUCAAAUGAUGUUCUGUUCACUCAGUCUCCUUCUGUUAAUGUGUCUGAUCAGGGAGGAGCUGAUGCUCCCACAACCCAACUAUCUAACUUUGCGGAUGAUAUCUUUGGCGUUAGCAACAUCUCAAACAGUGCAGAUGUGUUUGCAGUGCUGCCAAGCAGUCCAGCCACUUCUAAUACACUGAACGAUUUACUUGGCUCAGAUGCAUCUUCUGCUGUUGUUCCUUCAGCUCAGAUAGAUCUUUCUGCUGACGACAUCUUUGCAUCAGGGCCAACCUUGCUGCCAGUGUCUGGGGCAAAUGAUGCAGAUUCAUUUAUGGACAGUCUUUUAGUGUCUGAAGGAAACAAUACUAAGCAAGCAGCAGAAAAUACUGUCACAAACAGUAGCUGGAUGGAUGAUCUGCUCGGGUGAUAGCAGGACUUUGGUUUCAUGAUAUAAUACACAAAGUUGGAAUGUAUUAGAAUUUAAGGAAUCAUACUAACAUUGUUAAAAAAACACUUUUUUAAGUGCAAGGAUAUGAAAAACCACUUAACAGUUAAUUAGUUAACAAAAAUAGCCAAUAUUGUUUUCAUUCACAAUUGCAUUUUAUUCAGAAAUCUGUGUCAAACACAAUCUGUAACAUUAAUUAAUUUCAAGCUUAUGCAUUAAAUAAGUAAAUAAGUCUUUACAUUACAGCUGUAAAAUGUAUUUUACAUGAACAUGAAGACAAGCAAAGGAGAAAGUUUUGCUGACUGACUAUACAUAUUGAAGUUAUUUUUCAUGUAUACAUAGGCAAUAAAUGAUAAGAGUCAAGAGUAAUAACUAGGUGUAAUUUGGUUGUGAAAUGUCUGUAUAAAUUCUAUAAAAUAAUACUGUAAAUAUCAUGAUAUGAAAACU